AUGGAUUUCCAGCCGUUCAAACCCUUCCAGGCCUUUGUAAACGCGGCCAGCUUCAGCCCCACAAGCCCCCAGAAGCCCCGGCCGCGGUCCGCGCGCGCCGGGGGAUCCGCCCCGCGGGUGCGCCUGGAUCGCUUCUUCCUGCCGCUGCCAACGCCCACGCCGCCCUCCACGCGCCUGGCAAAGGAGCAGGCAGAGCCCGGAGAGCUCACGGCGAUCGAUGCGGCUUGGGCCACAGAAACCAUCAAGGAGCCAGACGAGCCAGAAGUGCCCGAGCCGCUAGAGUCACCAGAGUCACCAGGGCCACCAGAGCCGCCAGUGCUGCCAGAGUUGCCAGGGCCACCAGAGUCACCAGAGUCACCCGAACUCGUUCGCCAGCAGAGCCACCGCUCUGCCAGCAGAAGCGCCCGCCGAAAGCCGUGGCAGGAGGAGCCGCCUGCCCAUGGGCUCUCGCCCAAGGCGAAGUGGCGGAGAGCCGUGGACGCCAUCCACGCCAGGAACCAAAGUCUGGUGAAGCACCGGUCGCAGGUGACCCGCCAGGUGCAAAAACGUGUCCUCGCCUUUGACAAGCGCGUGGCAGUGCUGGCCAGUGGAGGUUCGAAGGUGGCCGCCAAGGAAGCCUCCUUAGACGAGGGGGAGAAUGGAGGCGGCCUUCCUUUGAGGCUGGAUGCCGCCAUCACUGAGGAGCAGGAGGAGAAGGAAGAGCUGGAGAGCAUGCCGUUCAAGGUCCUGGAGUGGUCCUCUCAGCGGGGGAACUUCCCAGCCUUCAACUUGCUGGGGCACUCGAGCUGCUGGCAGAGUGAGAUCGGCAUGACGAGAGACCAGCACUUGACUUUGGAGCUGGAUGACAUUCCUGCUCCAGUGAUCGCAUUGCAGAUGGAGUUUGUGACAAAGGAGGUGACGCCGAAGCGAUGCAAGAUGAUGUUCUCUGUGCACUCAGCGAUGGGCCCGUGGCAGACUGCCUGGACAUUUCUUGUGCCCGAGAACAUUGCAGAGAAAGGUAUCUCCUUCUUCAACAAGUCGAAGGAGGAGGUGCGAGAGGGUGCGGAGUCAGCCCCGUGGUGGCGCUUGGUGGUUGCCGACAACUACGGCUCACAGGCCUGCAUUGCCAUCGCAGCUCCCUUGAAGCUGUGGGUUGCUUCACGAGGUGACCACACGAGGCUGAAGUACAUGAGGAGGAACAAGAUCACCUUUCUGGAGGAUUCCUUCUUCGCACAGAAGCACAUGAUGAAUAAUAUGUCUGCUGAUGAGCGAACCGAUCGAAGAUUGGCAACGACAUACAAGCUGGACAUGGAGUUCAUCAAGAAGGCGCAUGACCAGUUCAACGAAAUUGACCGUACUUCGUCGGGUCGCUGGACCAAGAAGGACUGGCAAAGCUGGAUGCUGGAGUUCAUUCCGCCGAAGGAGCGUCCCAAGGUGACACCUGAGCGGAUGAACUUCUACUGGGCCCGGGUGGACAAGGACGCCAAUCAUUGUGUUGACUUCGAAGAGUUCCUCAUUUUCGUGCACGUGCUCAACGAGAUGGCCCAGAGAUACGGCAAGAGCACGGCCGAGUUCCUUUUCCCUGGCAUCAUAAAGGGUGCGGAAGGCACCGAGUUCAAGCCCGAGAGCCUGGUGAAGUUGCCCUCCAUGGACUCCAUGGAGCUGCAGCUGAAGAUGUCCAGGCGCAAGCAGGAGGAGGAGUUCCGGGACACUCUGGCGCAACUCUCUCCCCGGCGCAACGUGACGGCGGUGUCACGCGACCACGUGGUUCGAGGUCGCGUGACCACCACCAUCUCAGAUCUGUCGGAUGCGGUGGAGGCGAUCACUGCCCAGCACCAAUAA